AAUCUCGGCUUCGUCUCUCUUCCUCUUCUUCUCCUCUCUCUCAAUCGAUCAAUGAUCGAUUGGAAUUCGCAGCCCACGAUGGCAUUUGAUAAUAAUAAUUUUAUUAUCAGAAGAUUUGAUUAUUAUUAUCAACCCAAGGGACCAUCACUGCUACUGCUUCUUCUGCUACUUUCUUUCCUCUGCCCCUGCCCGAGGAGGAGGAAGAGGCAGAGUGAGUCAUCGAUCUCGCAAUGGCUAUAGCCGGAAGAGAGAUUGAUGGCUCUGGUCAGCGUCUGCUGAACCUAGUUUACGAUAUCGGAAGGAUCGGUGGAUUUGGAGACGUUUACAAGAGAGAAUGCUCCGAUCUCUGCCGUAAAAUUGCGCUUCUCUCUCAUUUGUUUGAGGAGAUCAGGGACUUCAAGGAUGAUACAGAUGAUGCCCAUUCCUUCGAUUCCUUGUCGUCGCCGUCUUCUUCUUUGAGAGAUCUACUGGCAGUGGUUCGUGCCGCUAAGCGGCUCAUUCUCGUUGCACGGAAUUAUGACUCCAAAACCUCUCCUGAUCUAGCUGGCAAGAGAAUUUCCUUCCAAUUUCAAUGUAUAACAUGGAAGUUGGAUAGAGCAUUGGGUAACAUACCAUAUGAUCAUUUCGACAUAUCUGAUGAGGUUCAGGAACAAGUUGAAUUGGUUCGGGCACAGUUGAGAAGAGCAGCGGAAAGGAAUGGAUCUCUGAAUUCAAAAAUAGUCUCUCGUGCCUUAUCCGAUCCACUUGACAAAGAGACCAGAAUACCAGAUUCAGGUAACAGGGUAAUUCGAAGCUUGCAUGUUGAGAACAUAGGUAAUAAUGAACCUCAAGAACUGGUGGACAUCGCUCCAAAAGUUAAUGGUAAGAUGGGGCAUAAUAGGAAACAGAUGAUACAUGAAUUGGAAAGAUCGAAGAGCCUCUCUGACUCAGACAAGGAAGAUGUCAUUGCCACCAAGAGUUCUGCGGAAACUAAGAAGCCUGACUCUGUAGUUAUUCCUGAUGAUUUCCGAUGCCCUAUAUCCCUUGAAUUGAUGAGAGAUCCUGUAAUUGUAGCCACCGGCCAGACUUAUGAGAGGUCAUAUAUACAGAGAUGGAUAGAUUGUGGCAACUUAACAUGCCCAAAAACUCAGCAGAAGCUUCAUAAUUUGACACUAACCCCAAAUUAUGUAUUGAGAAGUCUAAUAGCACAGUGGUGUGUGAAGAACAAUAUUGAGAUGUCAAUGGGAUUAGUAACUGGUAGGAUUAGAAAGAAUGAUGGUUCAUUUCAGGAUGUUGGUGGGGACAAAGAAGCCAUCAAUGCUUUGGUCCGUAAGCUUUCAAGUCAGUCCAUUGUGGAUCAAAGGAGUGCUGCAACUGAAAUCCGUUCGCUCUCCAAAAGAAGCACAGAGAAUCGGAUACUGAUAGCAGAAGCUGGUGCUAUUCCACUUCUAGUCAACCUGCUAACCACGGAUGAUGUGAGAACACAAGAAAAUGCGGUGACUUCCAUCCUCAACCUCUCUAUAUAUGAGAAUAAUAAGCAACUCAUAAUGCUGGCAGGUGCAGUUCCCUCAAUUGUCCAAGUCCUCAGGACUGGAAGCAUGGAAGCCAGGGAGAAUGCUGCAGCAACUCUUUUUAGCCUGUCUCUUGUAGAUGAGAACAAGAUAAUAAUUGGGGCAUCUGGGGCAAUAGCAGCUUUAAUAGAAUUGCUUCUAAAUGGAAGCACAAGAGGGAAGAAAGAUGCUGCUACAGCGCUAUUCAACUUGUGCAUUCAUCAGGGUAACAAAGGUCGGGCAGUGAGGGGUGGAAUCGUUGUGCCAUUGAAGCGGAUGCUUACGGACUCCAGCAGCUGUAUGGUUAGUGAAGCUCUCACAAUAUUGUCAGUUCUUGUCAGCAACCAAGACUGUAAGGUUGCCGUAGCAAAGGCCAGCAUCAUUCCUGUUUUGAUAGACCUGUUGAGGAAAGGCAUGCCCAGAAACAAGGAGAAUGCUGCAGCCAUCCUACUUUCUUUGUGCAAAAAAAAUGCUGAGAACCUUGGAUGUAUUGCAAGGCUUGGUGCUUAUAUACCUUUGAGCGAGCUAGCUAAGAGUGGCACUGAUAGAGCCAAAAGAAAGGCCACUUCACUGUUGGACCAUCUCCGGAAAUCGCAGUUGCUGUAAGGGUGUGGUAGCACUGCAAGGAUUCAAUUCAUUUCUUUACAGUUCUAUCAGGGGAAUUUUUUUUUUUUAUACGGUAUCCUUCUACGGGUUUGAAAAGUGUAGAAAAUAACAAGAUGGAAAGAACUCGUUCUUAUUGUUUCUUGUGUAUUUGUUAUCUUUCUUUUGCAUGUGUGAAAAAAUCAUUCAUUUGUUGCUUGUUAUCCGGCCAACCAAGAAUCCUUCUUUCUUUUCUUUUCUUUAGAU